CGCUUCCGCGUUGCUGACUUCCGGACGCCAUCUUUCUCCCGUGGAGGCGCCGCGACUGGGAGGGCGACGGAGCGGGAGCGUCGCGACGGAGCGGCCGCCGCCAUGCCGUCGUCGCCGCUGCGGGUGGCGGUGGUGUGCUCGAGCAACCAGAACCGGAGCAUGGAGGCGCACAACAUCCUCAGCAAACGAGGGUUCAGCGUCCGGUCCUUUGGAACAGGGACUCACGUGAAGCUUCCGGGACCAGCACCCGACAAGCCGAAUGUCUACGAUUUCAAAACCACAUAUGACCAGAUGUACAAUGACCUUCUCAGGAAGGACAAAGAACUCUACACACAGAAUGGCAUUUUGCACAUGUUGGACAGAAAUAAGAGGAUCAAGCCCCGACCAGAAAGGUUCCAGAACUGCAAAGACCUGUUUGAUCUGAUCCUCACUUGUGAAGAGAGAGUCUACGACCAGGUGGUGGAAGAUCUGAAUUCCAGAGAACAGGAGACUUGCCAGCCAGUGCACGUGGUCAAUGUGGACAUCCAAGACAACCACGAAGAGGCCACCCUGGGGGCGUUCCUCAUCUGCGAGCUCUGCCAGUGUAUCCAGCACACGGAGGACAUGGAGAACGAGAUCGAGGAGCUGCUGCAGGAGUUCGAGGAGAAGAGCGGCCGGACCUUCCUGCACACCGUGUGCUUCUACUGACGCCCGCCGGGCGCCUCCCCCCGAGCCUCCUUGUGGUCAUGGUUUUCCUUCCAUAGCUUUUUUAUUUCUAGGCGUUCUGCUGUGACGGUGGUGUUAACCCAGCGAACUGUGCACACGACAGGAGACGUGUACAUGCCAUGUUAAAAACACUCAAGCUUUUCCGUUCCACUUUCACUUAUGAGUGGGAUAUUGAUUAUAAAGUUUUUUUUCUUUAACCAAAAACGAAGAAACGGUUUAUUGUGCAUUUCCCUCGACACCCCCGUCGUCCCCACCUGUGCCUGUCGUCCCUCCCCCCACCCGGCCGGACUGUUCAGAUGCCGAGGGAAGCCACAGGCUGUAUCUUACCAGGAAGGAACCUGGAACU